AUGCGACCCAUUACGCUGUUCCAGGCGGUUGGAGCAUGGAUGGUGGGGCGGUUGCUAGUGAUUCAAGCCUCGUCACCCUCAUCCAUCAGCAUUGGCAAGGAACUCGCGGCCAUGGCAGCCGUCUAUCUGUCCUAUGGAGUCGGAAUGGUCGCCAAUGACAGUGCCGAUGCGGCACUCGACGCGGCUGCCAAAAAUGAUACCCCCAGCCAAUCACGGGGCGACAAUAAUCACAUAGUACCAAUCAGCAGUACCAGCAAGACGAAAAAGAGUCAACGAGCCAUUGCCAGUGGGCGAAUCACGGUAAAGCAGGGAUGGAUCUUUACUGGAAUCUUAUCCGUUCUAGCCAUGACGGUGGCGCAGUUCGGGGUACGAGCGGCAUCGCCCCAAUUCAGUCUCUGGUGUGCUUCCAAUCUCGUCUUUAUGCUGCUCUACGCCGCCGGACUACAGAACCUGUUUCUCAUUAAAAACCUUCUGGUGGGCUGGCUCUUUAUCUCGCCACUGUGGGGUGCCAAGACUUUGGCCACGACAACCAGCACUAUCCAGAAUCAUAAAAUGACGCUCUUGGCCGUCGCGGGGUUUGCCCUCGGCGUCGUUCGCGAAGUACUCAAGGAUAUUCAAGAUGUCGAAUUGGAUAAAGGGACCAAAUCGACGCUUCCCAUCGUCUUGGGCAUCCCGUUGACGCAACGCAUCAGCAUGCUGGCAUUGGGCGGCACUCUGGCUGUGCUGCAAACGCCGCUCUACCGUCGUUCCUUUUGUGCCAGUCCCCUCUUGUAUUCCGUGACCUGGGGGUCCGCUACCGUCAUGUGCCUGUGGGCGGCUCUUUCUGGUAACAAUGAGAUUGACAAGCAGCAAUCCAUGGUCAAAAAGAGCAUUUACGUACUGUUGCUGGGUCUGAUUGCCAACAUGAUGAUGAUGACGGGGAAGUAG